CCCCUCUCAUCAACACAAGCAUCUACACUCACAAAGUCCGCGCUCUGCACUCUACACUCGACAACUAGCUACUCUACUACUCUUCAGUCAUCACCUACUUCAGACCACCAACACACAGAGAGAUCAUGGCGGGUGCGGCGAAGGCGUCUUGGAUGGUGGCGAUGAGUGUGGGCGCCGUGGAGGCCCUCAAGGACCAGGUCGGCCUCUGCCGCUGGAACUACGCCCUCAAAUCCAUCCACCGGGCAGCCAACGUCCGCGGCGGCGUCUUGCAGGGCGCCAAGCAGCUUCCGGCCUCUGUUGAGGCGGCGGCCGAGAAGCGGCGAGGGGAGAAGGCCGAGGAAGGGCUGAGGACGGUGAUGUACCUCAGCUGCUGGGGUCCCAAUUAGAAGCUGCAACUUGGUACUAGCUAGGCGUGUGUGUGUUUGCUGCAACAACCAUGGCCUGGAACCACGAUGUAAAAACUUGGUACUAGCUGGCUUCCCGAGGAAUCCCCCAUUGUAAAAACCCCGAUGAUGAUGAUGACAAAUUUCUGUUACUUCAGUUCA